AUGUCUUCCUCAUUUGCUGCCGGAGACGAGAGUGUCUUCGAGCGUCUACAACAGCGCGCAGACCCAAAGGUGCUGGAAGAGCAACAAAAUGCCGUGAAUGAGCGCAUGCAAGCUAUUUACCAAAAAGCACAGAGCAGACUUGCAGAACUGAUCGACGAAAACUCGACAUUGCCCUGCACAAUCUCCUCGGUCCAAGUCACGAGUGCUCCUCACACCCGUCGCAGCUUCCUUGAGCGCAGCCUGAGCCCGCUUUUGAGCGAGAACAAGGGUCGCCCAUAUACACUUUCGGAGGCCUUGCGGGAGGUGUCGGCUACAGCUGAUAAGCUUGGUCGUUUUGACUUGUUCCACCAGCCUAUCUCCGUAUACUUGGAUGAGUCGCAAGGCCAGAAUGGCAUGCGCAACAUCGACGUCUACCUGGCCACCCGGGAGAAAUCCCGCGUGCUGCUGAAGACCGGAACUGACCUUGGAAAUGCCGAGGGCUCAGCCUACGGAAACCUUCUUUGGCGCAAUGUAUUCGGCGGUGCUGAGACUCUGAACUUGAAUGCUUCCCUCGGUACUCGCACGCGAUCCGCUUAUCAGGCUGCAUUCGAGACCCCAAUCAUGGGUGACCCUGAUUUCCGUCUGGAAGUUGGCGGUAUCGCAAGCUCGACUCAAAAGUCCUGGGCUAGCCACGAAGAGGUCGUUAAGGGGGGUUGGAGCAAGCUCCGGUGGAUCAGCAAAUCUGGGCACCGCCAUGAGUUGGGCUACAAUGGUUUCUGGAGACAGCUUACUGGCCUUGCAGAGAAUGCCUCCCCUACUGUACGUGCUGAUGCAGGUGACAGCGUGAAGAGUAGCAUCUUCCACAGCUGGGUCAAUGACCAGCGCGAUAAUGCCCUCCUGCCUUCUCGCGGUUACUACGCCAAGGCCUUUAACGAAGUUGCUGGCAUUGGCCCUUUGAAGGGCGAUGUCUCUUUCUGGAAGUCGGAGAUCGAAACUCAGAGUGCUAUUCCCAUCCCCAUUCCGGGCAUCAAGGGUGACAGCGGUGUCAGCUUCACCACUGGGUUCCGUGCCGGUCUUCUCUACCCCCUCGGACUGGAGCCCAGCUCUCGCCCUCAGCUUUCCCGUGUCAAUGACCGCUUCCUUCUCGGAGGACCCACCGAUGUUCGUGGGUUCCGUCUCUGCGGUCUUGGCCCCCGUGAGGGAGCCGACUCCCUAGGCGGUGAUGUCUACGCUGCUGGAAGCGCUAACCUGCUAUUCCCUCUUCCUCGUCUUGGUGCUGAGAAGCCUGUGCGCUUCCAGGCUUUCUUGAACGGCGGCCGUCUCUUGCCUCUGCGGACAUCCCAAAAGGCCACUCCCGCCACCAAUGGCGAGGUGCAAGAUGCCAUGGUCUCCACUCUGUCUGAACUACAAAACGGUCUGCCUAGCAUCGCAGCUGGAUUUGGUAUUGUCUACGCCCACCCCGUUGCUCGGUUCGAGCUCAACUUCUCCCUGCCUCUGGUGUUGCGAAAGGGCGAAGAAGGCCGCAAAGGACUGCAGUUGGGUAUUGGCAUCAACUUCCUGUAG